AUGGGCCCUCCCAGAGACCGAAGCACUCCCAGGGGCCGUCCCAGGGACGGUGGCACCCCUAAGGGCUCUCACAAGGACACCAGCACUGCCAGGUGCCCUCCCAGGGAGAGCAGCACCCGCAUAGGCCCUUCCAGGGGUGGUGGAGCAGGCAAGGGCGCUCCCAGGGACAGCAGCACUGCCAGGGGCUCUCCCAGGGUCAGCAGCACCCUAGGGGCCCUCCCAGGGACUGGGGCACCAUCAGAGACCCUGCUAGGGGCGGUGGCGCCCUCAGAGUCCUUGUCAAGGGUGCUGUCACCCUCAGAGGAUAUGCAAGGGGCGCUGGCGCCCCCACAGGCUCUCACAAGGACAGGGGUGCUCCCAGGUGCCCUCAGUGGGACAGCGACGCCCCCAGGGGUCAUGCAAGGGACAGAUGAGCUCCCCGGGGCGGCACUGACAUCAGGGACCGUACCAAAGGUCCCCCAGGGGUCCUAUAGGGCCGUCCUUGUGAUGGGAGCGCCCCCAGGGACCGUGCCAGGGGCAGUGGAGCUACCAGCAGCCCUACCAGGGGCGGCGCUCUCCCAGGGACCGUACCAAGUGUCCCCAGAGGUCCUAUGGGGCUCUACCAGCGAAAACGGCGCCUUACGGGCCCUCCCAGGGACGGUUGCACCAUCAGAGACCCUACUAGGGGCGGUGGCGCCCCUAGGGGCCUUGCCAGAAACGGAGGCGCCCUCAGAGGCCUUGUCCUGGGCGCUGGCGCACUCUGAGGACUUGCAAGGGGCGCUGGCGCCCCCACAGGCUCUCACAAGGACAGGGGUGCUCCCAGGUGCCCUCAGUGGGACAGCGACGCCCCCAGGGUCAUGGCCCUCCCAUGGACAGGAGUCCUUCCAGGGGCCCUCUCAGGGACGGGGGCGCUCCAGAGGCCAUGCCAUGGGCGGUGGCGAUCUCAGAGUCCUUGCCAGGGGUGCUGGCAAUCGAAGGGGGUCUCGCCGGGACAGCAGCGCAGCCAGAGCCAUCCAAGGGACGGCAGCGACCUCUGGGGCCCUCCUAGAAACGGCAGCGUUCCAAGGGGUCCUUGCCAUGGGCAGUGGGGCUCCCAGGGGCUCUCCCAGCGACAGUGAGGCACAUAUGAGCCCUCCGAGUGACAGUGGCGCUCCCAGGGGCAUUGUCAGGGACAGUGUUCCUCCCAGGGAUCCUCCCAGUAGCGGCGCUGACCCCAGCGGCCAUACCAAGGGUCCCCAGGGGCCCUAA